AUGUCUUUACCAGCUACUUUUGACUUGACCCCUGAAGACGCCCAAUUGUUGUUGGCUGCCAACGUUCACCUUGGUUCCAAGAACGUUCAAGUUCACCAAGAACCAUACGUCUUCAAGACCAGACCAGACGGUGUUAACGUUGUUAACGUUGGUAAGACCUGGGAAAAGAUUGUCUUGGCCGCCAGAAUCAUCGCUGCCAUCCCAAACCCUGAAGAUGUCGUCGCCAUCUCUUCCAGAACCUACGGUCAAAGAGCUGUUCUAAAGUUCUCCGCUCACACCGGUGCUACUGCCAUUGCUGGUAGAUUCACUCCAGGUUCUUUCACCAACUACAUCACCCGUUCUUUCAAGGAACCAAGAUUGGUGAUUGUUACCGACCCAAGAUCCGAUGCUCAAGCCAUCAAGGAAUCUUCUUACGUCAACAUCCCAGUCAUUGCUUUGACCGACUUGGACUCUCCUUCCGAAUAUGUUGACGUCGCUAUCCCAUGCAACAACAAGGGUAAGCACUCUAUUGGUUUGAUCUGGUACUUGUUGGCCAGAGAAGUCUUGAGACUAAGAGGCUCCUUGGUUGACAGAACUCAACCAUGGUCCAUCAUGCCAGACUUGUACUUCUACAGAGACCCAGAGGAGGUUGACCAACAGGUGGCUGAGGAAACCGCCACUGCUGUCGACGAGGAGGCCAAGGAAGACGUUGCUGCUGAAGAGCAAACCGAAGCCGCCGACUGGGCCGAAGGUAACACCGAAGAAGUUGCCUCUUGGUAA